UGGAGGAAAUUACACAUUCACUUCAGUCAGUCUUUACGUUUUAGCUGUGUACCUCUGCUCUCACUUCCUUCCUUCCUUCCUUCAAUUGUUCUAACUCUUAGCAGCCAUGGCGAGCACCAAAGUUCAGAGGGUUAUGACUCAGCCCAUUAACUUGAUUUUCAGGUUUCUUCAGAGCAAAGCACGCAUUCAGAUUUGGCUAUUUGAGCAAAAGGAUUUGAGGAUUGAAGGCAGAAUCAUUGGUUUUGAUGAAUACAUGAAUUUGGUUCUUGAUGAUGCUGAAGAAGUGAGCAUCAAGAAGAAGAGCAGAAAGACAUUAGGGAGGAUCCUUCUUAAAGGAGAUAACAUAACUUUAAUGAUGAACACGGGGAAAUGAUGAACACUCCAGGACAGUUGUAAACUAUAUUCCCAUCAAACAAGAAGGCAUAAUUAUCUUUCCCUUUGGUUUGUAUUCAUCUAACAAACUCUCAAACCAGAAGCUGAUGAUUUUAUGAUUGAGGAAGUAUAGUACCAAUAUUACAACAUUUCCCUCAUUUGUUGGCUUUCUUCUUUUAUUGUUUAUUUGGUAUCUUAUUCAAUCCUUUAGAGAAGUUUGUUAGAUCGAUUUCUUUGGAUGUCUUUUUAUUGUAUUUGCCAAGGUUUUGCAAAAGGCAAAAUGUCUAUUAUGCAGGAUGUGAAAUAGUGCAUUUUGAUAACAUUCACUUCUAUUGAUUUGGACUGCUUCCAAAUACUGAGUCUGUGACAAUUACUAGAAGAUGACCUCAAAUAUGGAAUAGUUCUAAUAGCAUUUAUGGUGAGGAAGUUGCACAAUUAAUAUAUUGAUAUAUUCUAGUA